AUGAGCGGCGAACGACGCAACCCCUGGAGCGGACGCUCGUCGCCACGCGGGCGCUCUCCGACUCCUCCACCUUUGCGCAGAGCCUACUGGGACGAACCCGGCACGCCUACCGGCGGUCACAGGCCGCGCGCGAGACCGCAGCGCAGUGGAGAAAAUCUGUACGCGCAGUCUUCACCACGCGGAUCCGCGGCACCUUCGAGACGGCCCACGCCGAGCCCGAACGCAGGCGGAAGGAGGUACAGGCCUUUGGGAGAAGGCGGAGCAGAGCACUGGACCCUGCACAAGGAUACUGACCACUCUUCGCACAUGAACCUUACGAAGCUCCCCCACAAGCUCACGCCGAUGAACUACAUAUCGUGGAUGACGACGAUGGAAUCAACGCUCGACACUAUCGAACUCUUCGAGUACGCUACCGGAGAAGUUCCCGAGCCCGAUCCGGAUGUCGACGAGGCGCGUGCGCGACGCUGGAAGCGCGCGAACGCCUGCGUCCGACUCAUACUCGCGUCGAAUAUGACCGAGGAAGUCGUGUCGCAGAUCAGCCACCUCACGGUCGCGGCACAGGUCUGGCAAGAAGUGCGAUGA